AUGUCUUCUCAGAUCAAAAACCUCUCCCACAAUUCUCUCCCAGAUACCUCUGCUGCUCUGGCCUCUCUGUCUCCCGAUACCUUACCUGCAAACGAUAACCAAUCCAAAGACUUUAAUAAAAAGGACCUAUCCAUCAACCUCUCCGAUAUCUCUAAUAUCACUAAUACAAACCCUCCUACUACAUUUCUAACUCCAACUCCAACUGCUUCCAGAAAUUCUCUCAAACCCUCUUCCACUCUCACCUCUUCAAACAACAUCAAAAAGCAAACUAUCGUCAUACAAAAUAACAACACCUUGAAGCCAUCCAUGGAGUCUUACGCUAUCCAAUGUUUAUCACCAGGCUUUUCAAGUCUAAAUGCCGAAAUGCAACAAAGGCUAUAUCUAUCAAAAUCUAUUGAAGCCAACCAAAGAAAACUAAUCCAACGUAGAAGAACCGGCAAUACCCCAAUCAAUCCCAAUUUUCCAAUAAAUUCUUCAAUUAAAAAUAUCCCACUUACUCCAAAUAAUCUCUUAUCCCCUACAAUUCCUCCUCCAAUCAUAAUAUCUUCUCCUAAUUCUUCUAUUUCCAUUUCCAACCCCAUUUCCACCUCCAUGUCCACCUCCAACUCUUCAAACCAUAAAAAGAGACCUUUAUCUGAAAUAUCAGAUGAUACUGACCUCAAAACAAUUGCUUCCAACCAAAAUAAAAAAAAUGAAAAUAAUGAUAACGAUAAUAAUGAUAACGAUAAUAAUGAUAACGAUAAUAAUGAUAACGAUAAUAAUGAUAACGAUAAUAAUAUCAAUAGUAAUAAUAACAAUAAUAAUAUCAAUAGUAAUAAUAACAAUAAUAACAAUAAUGAAAACCAGGGCGUCGAUAUGGACUCUCAACUCGAUCCUAAAAUACUUCCCAAUUCUAUCAAAUCCCCAACAAAAAAACAAAAAUCAAUCUCUGGAUCUGCAAUUCUAACCACAACCACAACUACUGCAAAUAACAUCUCCGAAAGAUUAAAAAGAGCUGAUAAUAUCGCUCAUCUAACCUCCAGAUUGAAAAACUCUUCCUUUACCAAAAACCUAAAAAGAAGAAAGCCCCCUCCAGCUCCUAUCAACAUCCAACUAGCCUCAAGCGCUUCCUUCCAGAACCCUUUAAUACGCUCAGCUCCAAUUCUCAAAAACCACUCUUUAAACAACCUUCUUCCUCAAAAUAAUCCCAAAUCUUCAAUUUUCAAUAAUAACGAUACUAAUGACACCAUUAAUAAUUCUAACACCACCAAAGAUAAAAACAAAAAUACCAAUAAUACCAAUAACACCAAUAAUAAUAAUAAUAAUAAUAAUAAUAAUAAUAAUAAUAAUAAUAAUAAUAAUAAUAAUAAUAAUAAUACUAAAAAUUCUCUCCCUUCUUUAUCAAAUCCAUUGCUCCAGAACCUUCAAAACUUUCAAAACUUUCAAAAUCCCUUGACUGCUUCCCUAAAAAACUAUCCCAACUUCAACCCUUUUAUUGCUCCAUUAAAUUCCUCCAUACCUCCUCCUUCUGCUUUCAAUCAGAAUUUCUUCAAUUCUCCUCGUUUUGCUAAUUUUCCUUCAAAUAUAAACCUUAAAAAUCUUAAUAUAAACCCUUACUACUAUUAUUCUCAUCCCUUUUUCCUGACCUUCUACAACCAAUCUGCAAAUAGAUUAAAUCACAACCUAUCAAUCAACUCACCAUACGCUGCUCCUUCUCCUUAUUUACAAGCCCCCCAAACCUCAAUCCCUUCUUCUAACAAUUACCAAUACCAAUAUUUUAGAAACAAAAAAAAUAUUCCUCUCAAUUCCAUUAAAAACUUUUCCAAAUCAUCAAAUAUAAACAAAUCUAAACUACUUUCAACUUCACAAAACUCUUCCAUCAAAUCUCUCAAAAACCCAAACACUCCUCAUGUCACUGAUGUCUUUCCAGGAGAAUUUACAAGAAUAGCUCCUUUAAGUGUGCAGCCCUUAUCUGCAAAGGAAGAAUUCUUUGACAUAAAUCGUAACCGUAAUCAAAAAAAUAAUAAUAUCGAUAAUAAAAACAAUACUAAUCUGAAACAAAAAUCCGGUAGUCCGUUAUCUGAUCAAGAAAAUUCAAUCAAUAAUGAACCUUUAAAAGAAGAAGACGAAGAAAAUGACGAUGAUGAUGACGUCGAACAAAAAGCAAUUGAAGAUGAUGCUGAAUUUGUGACGAGCGAAAAUAUCAUUGAAAAUGAUUCAAAUACUUUAUUUGAUACUGACGUCAAAGGAGAAAUUAAAAUUGGCUCCGAUAAGUUUGAAUUCGAAUUUUGUAAAACAGGUGAUAAUAAAUUAGAUAAAGACAAAUUUAUUCAGCAUUGCAAUAAUGUUUGGUCUUUAUACUCUAGUUAUGUGCAAUAA